AUGAUGCGCGGUCUGAUUCUUAUUUCUGUCCUAAUAUUCUGCCUACUCAAUUCUGUCCAUUCUCAAUGGGGUAAUGGUGGCGGCUGGAACAAUGGUUACGGUAACUAUGGUCCUGGCGGGGGAUAUGGAGGCGGCUACGGUGGAAACGGAUGGCGAGGUGGAUAUGGAGGAGGAUUCGGUUCCCAACAGGCUUACAAUGUCCAGAAUGCUGCUAGAAUUGGGACGGAGGUAGCGGAAGGAGUGCUGGUGGCUGAGGAGGUGUCGGAGGCGUUGGGAUAA